CCCAGUUUCAAAAUCGACCAUCGAAGGCCGUAUCUAAGAUCUCCCUUUUAGAAACCCUAAUUCGGCUGCAACCUCCGUCUCACCAUCAUUCUCUUGGAAGGUUGAUUAUUCUGGUCCAGGAUCUUCAGCAAUGGCUCCUAAAGCUGACAGUAGCAAAAAGGGCGAUCCCAAGGCUCAAGCCUUGAAGACUGCCAAGGCAGUGAAGUCUGGUCCAACAUUCAAGAAGAAGGCUAAGAAGAUUAGAACAUCAGUCACAUUCCAUAGGCCAAAGACAUUGAAGAAGGAUAGGAAUCCGAAGUAUCCCAGGAUCAGUGCUACUCCAAGGAACAAGUUGGACCAGUAUCAAAUUCUCAAAUAUCCACUGACCACAGAAUCUGCAAUGAAGAAAAUUGAGGAUAAUAACACCCUUGUUUUUAUUGUUGACAUUCGUGCCGACAAGAAAAAGAUCAAGGAUGCCGUGAAGAAGAUGUAUGACAUUCAGACCAAGAAAGUGAACACUUUAAUCAGGCCGGACGGAACGAAGAAGGCGUAUGUUAGGUUAACUCCAGAUUAUGAUGCUCUGGAUGUGGCGANUCACUCCUUUACAUACAUCGGUUGA